GGGCCACUUCAAUGCAACCGGAACACGUGACCCUCCCUAAGUAUUCCUUGAACAUCCACCUGUCUUGAUCAACCUUGUUGCCGUCGUGCGAUUUCACAGUCAACGCUAUAUGCGACCAAGUUAUCGUGACCAAGUUACAGUUCUUUGUAGAAAACUGAUACUGGGAACAAUGUUACAUGGUUGAGGGGUCCCUUUGCUGCAGAGGAAAGCUGACCUAGAACCACCAUCAUGGCAGGCAAACACGACACCACAAAGCCAUCAUGGCUGUCAGGCCUCGUCACAAGGCGUGGCUCGGGGAAGAACAAGAAAGUCGACGACAGUACCGAUGAGAAGAGCUCUGUCUUCAAAUUCAAGAGACAGAAGAAAUCUCCUGCUCAGGAGAGCACUCUGAGUUUCAAGCCACUCGAGGUUGACUUGAAACCUGUAGAGGCAUAUAAGCUUGCAGACGGUUGGCUGGAACCAGAGCCACGGAAGUCUGAGCAUGAGCAGGAGAAGCAGCAAGCCCCGGCUGCAGUCCCGGAGGAUACUACAACACCAAUAGCAGCCAUGUUUGCCAGCAUGUCUGCUCUCAAUAUCCUGGAAUCCGGACAGCCUCGACGAUCUUCUUCACACAACCGUGGCACUAACAGUAUACGACCCGGUUCUGUGGUCGAAAAUCAGAUUAACACACACACUCGUCCUCUAGCCGAGGUUGCCACAAUACGCCUCGUCCCAUCCGAGGGCAGCGUUUUAAAUCGUGGACGACCUGUCGAACCUAAGCACUUUGUUACUGACCCGCUGAGAGAUACAAAAAGCUCGCGGCAGGAGGACCGUCCCCAGAGCAGCGCCUCCGUUGCGGUGCCAAAGGAGCUUCGUCGGAAACCUGUUCAGUUUGGCAAUAGUGGCCUGUCUACGGCGACAAAGCAGAUUAUAUCGUCUCAGCGCCAGCCGCAAGUUGAGUACGACCCCUUCAACGACAAUAACCGACAUUCCAUGUACGCGGGAGCAGCUCCGUCUUCCAGUGAUGGAGGUGUCAAAUCGAGGCCUGCGCCGCUGAGAAGUGCAUCAGCCACGCCAUUGGAUCGCAUACAAGCCUGGCAAAAGACCGUCACCUCGGCGCCAAACUCUGCGGCUUCCACUGUUUCCCGUUUUGCUUCACUGAAGACUUUGACUCCAACUGUUCCAUCCCAAACAGCUCCUUCAGUUCGUAAGAUAUCGCCACGUGGAGGAGCCGGAAACCGACUAGCUUGGAUCAGAGAACUUGAAGAAAAGAACUCGAGCAGUGUCAGCCGGGAUAUGGGCGUUCUCAAGAAGCAGAAAGGAAGCGUUUCAGACAAACUGGCCAUGUUCGAAAAGCAGGGGCAAGGUGCUGCUCCGGCAUCACGUCUGCCUCCAUUGACCAGAUCCAACUCAACCACUAGUCGCCUCUCAUCAGUGGGCCUGGAGUCCACUUUUUCUGUUGCCAACACCUCAGCCACACCGCGCACAUCAAUAGACACAGUCCGGUCUAGCCAUCGUGCGUCCUCUGUUAUGAAUUACUAUGAUGACGGGUUCCGCGAGAAGAUGGAAACUGUGGUCAGCGGAUAUGCCGACAAGGAUAAGCCCGAUGUACAGAAAAAGCAGCGGGUCACGACUCAGUUUAUAUCGGUGGAACCAGUCAGAGGGGGGGCCGAGACGCCCUCUCAUCCUUCACAGGCCGGUUCCGCUAGCUCCAACUCAGGAAAGGAAGUCGACGAGGAAUCAGAUAGGGAGUCGAGAAAGGAGUUGAUGAAAGAGAUAGAGAACCGAUGUGGAGAGAAAGAAAUGCCGAAGGAGGUUGAGAAGGAAACCCAGGAAGAAACCGAAAGGAUCUCUGAGACGCAAAUUGAAAUGGAAUCUGAGAAAGAACUCAGCAAAAAAGCAGUCGAGGAAAUUGGAGAGAAAGUUGCUGAGGAAGCUGAGGAGGAACCCACAAAGCAAGUCGAACCAGAAAUAGAGACGGAAACUGAGAAGAAAAUCGUGGUGGGAGAGGAUUCAGCGGAAGAGUCAGAGAAGACCCCAGAGAUCUCAAGAGAGCUGGAGACUUCGGAGGAACCAGAAAGCUUGAAGGAGUCAGACAUUCCAGGCGUUUCUAGCGGCUCCAAGGAGGUUGAGACCUCAAAUGAGACAGGUAUCUCGAGCGACGCGGUAAUUUCACCGAAGUCACAAACUCCGCAACAACCGGAGAUCAUGGCGCAUAUUGAGACCUCACAGCAGCCGGACCCCGUGUUGGAAUUGGAGAAAUAAAGUACGAAAGAACAGGUGGGAUGCAAGGCUUCAGUCUUCCUGGCUGAAUGCAAGUACUAAGAUUCACGAAUAACGACUCGAUCAUUCAAAGAAAAAGGUUCUGGAAACCCCAGACAAGUGUACAACACUCUAGACUGUUCUUCACGCCGCUGUCUGCGACGAUAUCAUAAUCACUAGCCCAAUAUAAAUAUAUUGCCUGAUAACAAA